CUGACUGAUUGAUAAUUUGUUAUUUAUGUAGUACCUAAAUCUGUAACAAGGUCGCUGACUUUCUCAAUAUUAUUAUAAAUCUACCUAAUUAAUAAAUUAUUGUGCCAACAACCACCGUUCUUUUACACUUAUCCAUAAAAUUAUGUCAAAAAUCAACGACAGCGGUCCCAAAGUUAAUGUUGAGUACUGUGGAGUUUGUGAUUACGGGGGACAUUGUUUGGCCCUAGCGAAAACUAUUCGUGAGAAUACCCCCGAUGCGAUGGUACAUUGCAAGAGGGGACGACAAGGUUCAUUUGAAGUUGUGGUAAAUGACAAAUUAAUAUAUUCUAAAAUUCAGACAAUGGCUUUACCGGAUUACGAGGAGGUUGCUCAAGUAGUAAAAGAUGUAUCAAAGGGAAGUGAACCAAGGGAGAUUAAAGGACAACAACCAAUUAACUGUGCCAUAUCAUAACAUUUAUUAAUAUUUAAAACACACCUUCAAUUAAGUGGUAACUUAAACAAUGUAUAUUUGUAAAAUAAAAUUAUUUUUAACAA